CAUUAUUACUAUUACGUGUUUGGCCUAAGGGGCAGUUCGGACAGGACAGAGGGAUGUCGGAUUGAGCCACAAGAGCCACGGAUAACUGUGGAAAGCUCGUCCCAUUUUUCAGUCAUUUUAGUGUCCACUCCUUCUUUUCAUCUGCGUCUUUUCAGUCGACGUCUGAAUCCGCUACAAACUGAGAGAGGGGCACAUCCACCACAACAACAUACGUCGAUCUAACAGUCUAAAGGCGUGAAAUUUCCACGACUGUAUAUUGAAAAAAAAAAAUGGAUUAAGACACAGAUUUUGCUCGCAUUUUUGAGGCAGAGCUCUCUGUUCCCGGGGAGCUGGGAGAAGAAGAUGCCCCUUUUCUCUUCGCUUGAGGAGGCUGUGCUGCUGCUGUGUGGGGGAGUGGGUUACAUCCUGUGGCGUUUCCUGUGUUUGUAAACUAGACGGUCUUGAAAACGACGGGCGAGUGAAGCUCAAAGUUUUAAUGCUAGAUGAGUGAGGUGGGUGUGGCUUCCCACCAGCCUGACCAUCCUGACUGACGGAUCUCUGGAUGACCUUGUCCCCACCCCUGUCCCUGCGCUCACAUACACCACAGCAAUGUCACAUCUGCCCAGCAGCUCAGUCCGCGACCAUAUGAAAUGGGCGGGGCUGCUUGGCUGCGAGGCAGUCCUCUCAAGUAUGGCCCUGAUGCAGGCCAGCUCCAUGGCCGCUCCGCCCAAAAAGAUGAUGGCUCCACUUGGUCAUGCACCACCGCAGCGGGACGGACCUGACCGUGGUCCCCAGAGCCACAUGAUCCUCCCAUCUGGAAUGAGCUGUCCCCCCCUGCUUAUCCGGAAGGAAGGUGAAUUCCAAGCUCCCCGCCUGCUGGACGAGAAGGAGAUGAGGGCCAACGAGGACAUGCAGCAGAAAAAAAAGAACAGGAAAUCAGUUACGCCCUGUAAAGUGAGAGAACAAGAGGGAAGGGGUGGGAAGGGCACAGGAGAUGAGAAUGGUCCGUCAUCCAAAGUGCAGAAAAACUUUAUUUGUGAUCACUGUUACGGCGCAUUUAGGAGUGGAUACCACCUGAAGAGACAUAUCCUCAUUCAUACAGGGGAGAAGCCGUAUGCUUGUGCCGUAUGUGACAUGAGGUUUAUUCAGCGUUACCACCUGGAGAGACACAGCCUCAUUCACACGGGGGUGAAGCCGUACGCUUGUUCCAUGUGUGACAUGAGGUUUUUCCAGCGUUACCACCUGGAGAGACACAGACUCACUCAUACGGGGGUGAAGCCGUACGCUUGCUCCAUGUGUGACAUGAGGUUCUUCCAACGUUACCAUCUGGCAAGACACAGCCUCACUCAUACUGGGGUGAAGCCAUACGCUUGCUCCAUGUGUGACAUGAGAUUUUUCCAACGCUACCACUUGGCAAGACACAGCCUCACUCACACGGGGGUGAAGCCAUAUGCUUGCUCCAUGUGUGACAUGAGAUUUUUCCAGAGAUACCACCUGGCAAGACACACUCUCACCCAUACGGGGGUGAAGCCAUACGCUUGCUCCAUGUGUGACAUGAGGUUCUUCCAGCGUUACCAUUUGGCAAGACACAGCCUCACUCAUACUGGGGUGAAGCCCUAUGCUUGCACCAUGUGUGACAUGAGGUUUAUACAACGUUAUCAACUGGAGAGACACAGUCUAACUCAUACGGGGGUGAAGCCGUACGCUUGCACCAUGUGUGACAAGAGGUUUUUUCAGCGCUACCACCUGGCGAGACACAGCCUCACUCAUAUGGGUGUGAAACCUUAUGCUUGCACCAUGUGUGACAUGAAGUUUUUUCAGCGUUACCACCUGGCGAGACACAGCCUCACUCAUACUGGUGUGAAACCUUAUGCUUGCACCAUGUGUGACAAGAGGUUUUUUCAGCGCUACCACCUGGCGAGACACAGCCUCACUCAUAUGGGUGUGAAACCUUUUGCUUGUACCAUGUGUGACAUGAGGUUUGUUCAGCGUUACCACCUGGCGAGACACAGCCUCACUCAUACGGGUGUGAAACCUUAUGCUUGCACCAUGUGUGACAAGAGGUUUUUUCAACGCUACCACCUGGCGAGACACAGCCUCACUCAUAUGGGUGUGAAACCUUUUGCUUGUACCAUGUGUGACAUGAGGUUUGUUCAGCGUUACCACCUGGCAAGACACAGCCUCACUCAUACGGGGGUGAAGCCGUAUGCUUGUUCCAUGUGUGACAUGAGGUUUAUUCAGCGUAACCACCUGGAGAGACACAGCCUCACUCAUACGGGAGAGAAGCCAUUUGCUUGUGACAUGUGUGAUAUGAGGUUUAUCCAGCGCUACCACCUUGAGAGACACAAGCGUGUCCAUAGUGGGGAGAAGCCUUACCAGUGUGAACGGUGCCAGCAGAACUUUUCAAGGACAGACCGGCUGUUACGGCAUCGGCGGUUGUGCCAGGGUCGCAGCGUAGCCAAAGUCGAGAACCAGCCAUGCUGCGAACCACGCCCAUACCCCCAAGAACCCCCGCCUGCACCCCCAACCUGGAGUCCCCUUCAUCCACCUCCAGGUCGACUGGCGGUCUGACAUUCCACCUCCCUUAUAUCCACCACACCGCCAGAGACGGGACAAGCCACAGGGUUUCUUCUUCUUCUCAGCUCUGUGCUGAGUGACGCCACACUCUAGCACAGGCUGACAUUGCAGCUCCAGUCUUGGGGAUUACUAAUGACAGAGGGACAUUUGUGUUUUUGUUUUGUUGACUUUAUACUGUGUUUCCUUUCCUCCCCCCGUUUUUUUAAAGACGAGACUUUUCUGUGAUGAACAGUGGUCCUGUUUUGUACUUAAUCUAUUUGAUUUUUGCAAAAAAAAAAAAAAAAGUUUUUAUUGUUGUUCAAAUAUAUCUGCAUUUUGGUGGUACUCGGGUAGGGCAGUGGGUAUUGUUUAUCCUGAUGUGUUAGCAACAAAAUGGGAUAAAGUGGUGAGGAAACAUAUUUGAGCCUCUUUCAAAUUUUUCUUAUGUGGCCCAUUUUGCUUUAAUUAUAUUAUCACUUUGGUCAGAAUUAGUAAAACUGAACUGUCCUCCCAGGUAAAGCAGGAAGACCACUUGGUUGUCAUAUAGAGCAAAUCUCGCUUGGUUUUGCAGCUAACAUAGUGUUAAACAUUUCACUACAAGCAGUAUCUGAUCUAAAUAUGACUCAAACAAUAGGUAUUUCCUGACUUCAGCAACUUGGGAGGCGCAGUUUUGAUCAUUAUUUUGUGUAAAUAAUUUUAAAUGUUUAUUAUGAUUUCACUAUGGGACUUCAGUAGUGUUUUUAAUGCACAAAAUGGGCCAGAAAGAAACUGAAAAUUAGAAACUGGUUCCAAUAUGGUUUCAGUGAAAUCCUGGGGAAAAAUGAGUAACUUGAGUGUGUCUAUUAAAGUAAUAUCAGACAGUGUUGCUAAGUGGAUGAUGACAGGGCAACCUGCAGUUGACUGGCACUGUGUCACACAUGAAGAGUCCCAGAAGUAUCAACUGGUCAUCUCAUGGUCUGUGACAUGCUGGUGACUCAGGAAAUGGCAGCCAUAGCAAUUCGUCCAGCUACACUCACUGAUGGUCACGCAUAGUGCAUUCAGCUGUAUAUAUACUGUUUAUAUAUACAGAGAUCUCCAGUGCUAGGCAGAAGAGUGUCUCUCCUCGUUCUGUCCGUACAUCCUUGGCCACUAGAAGUCCCAUUAUGUUGUUUGUACAGAUUCUCACAUUGUGAGAUCAGCGGGGGUAUACAAAAUCUUGUGGCCUUAGUGUGUUUCUUUUCUUUGUUUUUGUUUUUAAUUGCCUUUUGCUCAACCGUUUAUUAUCGUGGAUCAGAUGUAUUAACUAAGACGAGACAGCCUUUCAUCAUCAUCGUAUGUUUUCUUUUUCUAUCCUAAAGCUGUCAUAUUUACAGAUUUGUGAUGGCUUCAGUGGCGCUAAAACGGACUAAUGUGUUCUCCUGUCAAGAGAAGUUGUCCUCUGAUGAUGAUGAUAAUGAUGAUGAAUAUGUUGGAUCAUUGUUACUGAUUACAGUGUAACGCAGUCUGUAAUCCUUAAGGAGCCCCCUUGGGAGUUUGACGAUCCUUGUGAGAAGUCAGUAGUGCUAACUUGUUUCCCACUGCAGUGCUUUGGCCGGUCGAGGGCCAUAGCAGAAUCAACACUUGCUUGACUCUACUACACACUAACAAUUGCCUUUUUAUCCAAAUAUUAUGUGGUUGGUGUGUAAUAAUGGAUGUCUGUCAUGUCAUUGGGUUUAGCCUUAAGUAAGUGCGGUUACACAAAUAAUCAUUGUAGUACUAAAUGAUAUUGUAACGAACGAUUUGUUUUACCUAUGAUGAACUUUGAUCGUACUGUGUGGAAGUCUUUGACGGUCAGACAGCAGGUCCACUCUGCUGCCUGUUGGGAACAUUUCUCAAACUUGCUCCUUACUGUUACUGGAGAGCUGGCAUGGUCUUAACUCUUCUGUCUAACCCAGAAAUGUCAGUGGUGGUUGGGAGGAUUAGUCUGCAAGGAUGAACAUACAUGUACAUAUCAACUCCUUCUUUGAUGUUGCAGCAAGUAACAGAUGGAUGAAACCAUCAUGGGUGAUUUCACAAGACGCAUGUGUGCUUUGGAUCACACUGGAGUGGAGUACGAUUAUCUUCUUUUUAUUGUUUUUUUUUUAUUUAAAGUUCCAGAUAAGCUUCAGACUGAAUGUGGAGAGGGAAUCUUGGCGUGCUUUAUCUCAACAGUUUGUGUUCAAUACAUAUAAGAAGCUGAUUACUGAGUUAUGUGAUAUUUUACCAAGAGUAUUAUUUGGAAGAUUUUCUUUUUAAAUGGUCCAUGGAUAUCAAGGCAAAGUUGUGUUACGGUCAAGUGUGUACAGAGGUGGGAUUCAGUUUUAAAUGACUCUGAUGAGAUGAAGUUGAACCCAGUGUCAGCAAAGGGGCCAAGUUUGAGAAAUGCAUUUGAUUUGCGAUUGAAACACUAUUCCAAAUCUGUGGAAGGGAUACUGCUGGCACGAGCACAUAGUGAAGUGGCUAAAGGGCAAUACGGUAUAUAGUUGACGUCACUUGUUAAUACCUUUUUGUCAUUUAUUGUUUUUAGUAUUCUCAAUCUCAUUGUUAAAAAUGCAAUAGAAUCCUUGAGUCUCAGAUCAUUUUGUUUAUAAGAUUGAGGUUUAAUUUGUUUUCAGACAGAUCCAAGGGUUUAUUUGUCUGAGACUUUCUCAUCACGUUUUGAUGAUUGUUUCAAGGACCUUUUUUUAUUCUGAUGAAAUUGUAAACACUGGAGUGAUAGGAGAAAAAAAAAAGACAAAAAAGAGAUGGAUAUUUUUUUUUCCUUCAGACUGUACUAGAUUUUAGGUUUUAGACAAAGCCUAUUUCUCCUCAACUUGACAGAAGGUGGACAGAACAAUUUGGAUCAGUACAGUUGAGAGCCCAGUAUGUUCGGUAAUUUUGACAUUAGAGGCAGUAGUACCACAAGAAAAUGUUUUCUUUCUUAUACGACGUCCCUGGUAUUUGUAGUAAAUUAUAUUGAUAAUGGUAUUAGAUGAACAACAGCAACAGUAGCUAUCACAGAUUAGUUGUUUUCUUUAUUAGUCUUGCAUGCAGAGUUAUGGUCCUCAGUUAAGAUAGGAUCUUGAUAUUGAUUAUUUUGUGUAGGAAAAUGAGUGCAUAAGAAUAACUUCCUAAAAAAAAUGUUACAAUGAUUAUUGUAAAAUGGGCUAACUAAUAUGUACCCUUGUGAUCCAAUUAGUUUCAAGUAUAUGAAAAUCAGAGGAGAGGCUUCUUACUAUUAUGCUGAAAAUAAAAGAAUUUGUAAAGGA